UAUUUGAGUCAUACACAAAGGACUGAGGUCUGUAUUACGGGAAUUCAAGCCUAUAGUUGCCUUUCUUUGCAAAAUAAAUGUAGUAUAUUAUGUAGUAGAGAACAAAGAUAUGGGUAGCAGAGACUGCUAUCGGUCAGUUAUCCUUGUUAUUAUAUGUGUACGGGGAAGUUUUAAUCAGCUACAUGUAUAUCCACCACUUCUCAGGAUUCCUCGUAGUUAUUGCACUUUUAGGAUCGAAGGAGAAUGUAUCAGGUGUAUGAAUGGAUACUAUGGCGAUAACUGUGAACAACCCUGCAGCUACCCUAACUAUGGAAAUAAAUGUCAGUCAAAAUGUUACUGUGGAGAAGACGAGUGUGAUCAUAUCAAUGGAUGUAAAGAGUGUAUGAAGGGUUAUAAUGGCAGUAGCUGUGACCAACCGUGUAGCUACCCUACUUAUGGAAAGGAUUGUCUGUCAACGUGCAAUUGUGAGGAAGAGUACUGUAAUCAUACCACUGGAUGUAAAGGUAUGGCAUUAUCAAAGUGAUUGGUAUUUUUUUUUAAAUAUCAAUUGUAUUCCCUUGCAGUUGGUAACUAAACAAAAUGAUGUAUCUAUUCUUUUGUUAUUUAAUAACGAAUAUCAUGUUAAUGUUUGGAA